UCCCUAACCCGACCCGACCCGAUGGCUCUCAUCUCUCCGCUCCGUCAUUUCGCCCUCGACAAGACCCAUCCCCGACCGGCGCGGCGAUCUUUGCUGCUCCCUGGAGCCCUUCCUGCUCCUACCCCACAGCCUUCUCCUCCCUCGCGCUUCACCGCGAACGCCUACCAGCAACUGUUCCUUCCCGCUCCACCGCUACCAGCUGCUGUUGCAGCCUCCUGCUCGACUGCGACCAGCUGCUGCUCCAGCCUCCGACUCCACCGCGACCAGCUGCUGCUCCAGCCUCCCACUCCACCGCGACCAGCUCCAGCUGCUGCUCCUGAGAUAAUCAGGAAAUUGCACCCGAUUUUCUGAAUUUCGCGGAAGACCCUAAACUGGGAAUAUACUCAAUUCCGCCAUUUCUUGCGGGCCAAAACCCCUUCGACCCUAAAACCCCUAAAUCGCCACUCUUCUCUCUCUCAUUCUCUCUCUCUCUCUGCUGUCUGUCUCUAAUCCCCCAUUUCGUGCUCCACCGAGUAACUGAAGAAGCAUGUUGCUCCCGCCGGUGGGGUGCACCUACAUCACCGACGACUUCGUCCGGGAAUGGAAGAAUACUAGCGCCAACCCUAGCCUGAAGCCCCCCCGACACCGUCCACGUCCCCGUCCCGUCACUUCGGUUCCUGUAUGAGCUCUGCUGGAACAUGGUGACCCUGUAAAAGCCUGCAAAAUCUUGCCUACACUGUAAUCAUCAAAUGCGUAUCCCGUGAUCUUUCGUUCCCAGUCUCGCCUGAUUUCCUGGAGAAACGGAACUCCUGUGCUGCCCCUGCUCGACCCCCUUCACAGAUAAGUUUUGUUCUGCCCCCAUUGAUUUGAUGGCAUCUUGGGCUUAUGGGAUUUCUUGAAGUUUGGAUUUUGGUGCCAUUUUCGUCGAUUUUCUGCCGAUCUCGGAACUGGGUCGUUGUUGUUGUUUGAGAUUGUCUCCUUAAUCUCUUCGAAUUCGAGCAUACUGCUGAAAUUUUGAGGUUAUGCUCGGGUGGGGUCUGAUUGACUGGUGUGGGUAGGAAAAAGGGUUUAGGAUAAUUUAGGGUUUUGGGAGGCGGAAGAACAGUAUGGGGCUUGUUUGAGUGGAUUUUGCUGUUCGACAAAUGGAAGGGAAUAUGCCGCAGGGAGGUAUGAUUCCGGGUGGCCCAUCCUAUGGGGGGCUCGAUUUGCAGAGGUCGAUGCAAAUCCACCAUCAAGGGCCGCCUCCGCACGCCCUGCACCACUCUCAUUCUCGACAGACUCCGUACGAGGGCUUCCCUCUCACGAUGGGCACCCUGCAAAGCUGUGACCAGACGAUUUCCGUGGGGGAUUUCGGUAAGGGGGAUCGGUGCAAGAACUCUGCGAGCGAUGAAGACGAUCGAAGCCUAACGGAAGAUGGAGCGGGUAACCCCAACGAUGCGAACAUAGCAAAGAAAGGGUCUCCGUGGCAGAGGGUGAAGUGGACUGAUAAGAUGGUGACUCUCUUGAUCACUGCCGUUUCUUAUAUAGGUGAGGACUUAGCUUCGGAUUGUGGUAGCGGGGGAAGAAGAAAGUUUGCGGUUUUGCAGAAGAAGGGUAAGUGGAAAUCGGUCUCAAAAGUGCUAGCAGAGAGAGGCUAUCUUGUUUCACCUCAACAGUGUGAAGAUAAGUUCAAUGAUCUCAAUAAGAGGUACAAGAAGCUUAAUGAUAUGCUGGGUCGUGGAACUUCAUGUCAGGUUGUGGAGAACCCUGCUCUAUUAGAUGUGAUUGAUUUUCUUACGGAGAAGGAGAAGGAUGAUGUUAGGAAGAUCUUGAGCUCGAAGCAUCUGUUCUAUGAAGAGAUGUGCUCUUACCACAAUGGGAAUCGUCUACAUCUUCCUCACGACCCAGAGCUUCAGCGGUCCCUGCAGCAGGCUUUGAGGAGCAGAGACGAUCAUGAGAGUAAUGAUUCGAGGAGAAACCACCAUGAUGACUUAGAUGAGGACGAGCCGGAUUUGGACAAUGAUGAUCAUGAUGAUUACGAGGAGAACUACCCGAUGUAUGGUCACCCCACAAGGGCCCAUGGCCAUGGUCCAGCAAAGAGGAUGAAGCAGGGCCUUGCCCAUGAAGAUGUAACUCAUGGUGCCUCUCUUAACAAUCCCCAUGAGUGCAACAAGGGGUCACAUUCCCUCAUGCAGCCUGAUAUGAAUCAGGGGAUCUCAGAUUGUGCAAGGGCAACCUGGUUACAGAAGCCAAGGAUGGAAUCUAGGUCGAUUCAGUUGGAAGAGCAGAAGCUACAGAUUCAGGUGGAGAUGUUGGAGCUGGAGAAGCAGAGAUUCAAGUGGGAGAGAUUCUGCAGAAAAAAGGAUCGCGAGCUGGAGAAGAUGAGGGUGGAGAACGAGAAGAUGAAGCUCGAAAAUGAGCGGUUGGCAUUGGAGUUGAAGAGGAAGGAGAUGGGCAUGGACUACGACUAGUAGUUCUAGCUGUCUAUUGAGUUGCAUCUAAAUAGAUGGAAGUUUUCCAUAUUGAGAUGUGGAUUUAUUGAAAAACUUAAGUUGGAUGGAGGAACUAUCUGGAAGUAAUAUGCUGUUAUUUAAAGAUAUCCGGCAUCAGAAAAUGGUAAGGUGUUUUCAGCAUGAAAAUCAUUAGCUGUUUUCUCUUUCAGGUUAUAGCAGCAGCUUAGGUUGUAGUGAAUAUUAAUGUUAGAUUUUCCUUUUUUCUUCUUUUUCACUCUUUUAUGUUUUAUCUGCUGAAUGAACUGGUUGUUUAGCUCUAGGUGGAAAUGAUAUGGCAUGUUACUUUACUGCUAUUCGAUAUGCUAGCAGGUGAGUAUCCUUUUCAUUAUCGUGUUUAA